UGACGUAAUUACCCUUCCCAUUUUCAAAUCCCCAGAAAGGAACCAUUUCCUUUUAUUCGUUCUUCCCAUUUUCCCUCGCUCCUCCUUCAACUCCGCUGCUUUUCUCUCUUUUUUACUUCCACUAUCGCCGUCGCCGGCAACUUUUCGGCUUGAACUAUUUUUCUCGCCACCGCUUUUUAAUCCGUUCUCCUUCGAAAUAGGAAUUUAUUUCUCUGCGGAAUCUUACUGUUCUUCCCUUGAUUAUAUGACAUUUCUGCGUAUGAUGAAUGCUUUGCUUCCAUGGUUCUUUGUUCCCAUUAAAAGUGAAUCCUUUUACCAUUUGUGGAAAGCUUAGUAGCGAAGAGCAGGGAUCAAGUAUCCAUAGACUUCACCGGUUAUAGUAAAUCAGGUGUAGAGUUCACACAAUGAAGAAGUUGUUCUUUUUCAGAACUUCAGCACCUAGCCACGGCAGUACUGAAGUUUCUCAAUUAAAAACAGAAAAACAAGAUUUCACAGAUCAUCCAUUUGAAGGUGGGUUGGACAAUGUUGCAGGUACUGGUCUUAGAAGAAGUCGCUCGCUGUCUUCAGCAUCAUUGCUUGAUGGUGGGAAGCAUAAAAGUUCUUCUGGUUCAAAGAAUAAAAAUAGAUCUCUGUAUGGUAACUUCAUUGGUUCUUCAGAUCAGCAAUGUGAACAUUCAAACCGCUGUCAAACCCCACCAUUAAGAAGACAGUGUAGGGCAAAGAAAUUGGAGAUGCUAUAUAAUGAUUAUGGAGGUGUACCAGGGAGGUCUUGUUCUGCAUCUGCUGCUUCAUGCCGAAGUUAUUGUGAUUCUUCAGGAAAUUCUUCCACUUCCUCUAGUAAUGUCUCAAGUAAAAUCUUGGACCGAUAUAUUGAUGAUGGUGAGCAACAGGCAGAAUCAAGCAAGCCCCAAAAGAGUAUUCCUUCAAGAAAUCACCCUAGAAAUGGUAGUAGGAGGCGCCCCCCACAAGGUCGAUGUACGGCACCCACUUCGCCAAAAUAUGUUAUUGAUGAGAAGACAAGUCUGCCAUUUGAAGAAUUUCCAAGAUCGAAUUAUCAUUUAUUUCCUUCAAAGUAUGCCGAAAAUGGAUUGGGGAAUGAAUCUCCAAGAACCAUAGCGAAGAAUGUAAUUGAGAGACUCUCCCAAUCUCAUGGGAUUCCUACAACAAAUCCAAUCACCGUCGGAGAUAUACAUGAUAGAUCCUCUAAUGAACGUUAUGGUUCUAAUGCAAAUGUGAUUCCCCAGAAAGUGUAUUCAGUAAAUGAACCGUUCGAAGCCAUUAAUAGAAAUAAUGUGGAGAGCUCUGGUGUAGAUAGACAAAACUUAAGAAAUCAUAGUGAAGUGUUAAACCUUGUUGAAACUGAAGAGGAUAUGGAUGUGGAACUCAAGAGGAGAAUCAAGGUGGCAAAGGAGAGAGUCAUGCUUUUCGGAGAAGAACGCGACCAGGAAAGCUAUCUUCAACAGAGAACAGGAGUUUCAGGUUUGAUUCAGACAAUCAGACACAUUAAUGAGGAGAAAAUGAGCUUAGCACUUGAGAUUUUAAGUCUUCUACAGUCCCAAAUUACUGAAAGGGCUUCUGCAAAAGAAGAGCUGAGACUGGCAAAGGAAAUAUUGGAUUCUCAAACUAAGAAACUGGACAGAGAAAAGAUUGAAUUGCAAUCAGAACUGGAGAAAGAGCUUGACAGAAGGUCCAGCGACUGGUCAUUAAAGCUAGAAAAGUACCAAUUGGAAGAACAAAGGCUACGUCAAAGAGUUCGGGAGCUAGCCGAGCAGAAUGUAUCUCUACAAAGGGAAGUUUCUCUUAUUCAUGAGAGGGACACAGAGAAUAAAUGCAUAAUAUCAAAUUCAGAGCAGAAGGCUAAGGACCUGACUGUAAUAAUAGAUAAAUUACGGGACGAAAACCAAGUUUUGACUCAGAAUCUCUCCGACUUGCAGGAUAAGUACAAAACUGCUGAAGAAGAUAGAGAAUCCUUUAAGAGGAAUUUUGAGGAAAAGGAUAAGGAAUGCAAGGAGUUGUAUAAAACGACAACGAGGCUAACGAGGACCUGCUGUGACCAGCAGAAAACAAUCAGUGGAUUGCAGGAACGGUUUACUUGCGAAUUAGGGAAGAACACAGAAAUCGAAAGGUUCGACAAGCAUGUGGCGAAAUUGCAGAUGGAACAGAUAAGGUUAACUGAAGUGGAAUUGGGAUUGAGAAGGGAAUUAGAAUCUUGCAGUUUCGAAAUCGAUUCCCUUCGGCACGAGAAUAUAAACAUAUUCAACCGCUUAAAGCACAAUGGGAAAGACAAUGGUGCUUUAACCAUCAAGCUUGAUGAGGAAAUGGUAGCACGUGUCGAUUAUCUACAACAUCAAGGGCUAACAUUGUUGAAUGAAGGCUUCCAGCUAUGUGCAGAAUUCUUUGAGUUCAUGAAAGAGAGAAUGCAGGGAAUGGAAGUGGUGAAGAACAAUUUGGAUGGGCUAUAUUUGAUUGAAUCUGAGAUGAAAGUUCAAGGAUUAAAGCGUGGAACCGAAAGCUUAAAACGAAGUUUAAAGAUAGCAUCUUCAUUAUUGUAUAAGAAAUCCAAUCAGUGUGUAAAUGCAGAUGAGUGGAUGCAAUUAGAUUGUGAUGCUUCAGAGCAUGUUGUAAAAUAUGAGCUUAGAACAGAAAGGUUACUAACGAGUCUGUUGAGAGAGAAGCUUUACUCAAAGGAGCUAGAAAUUGAGCAGCUGCAAGCUGAAAUUGCAACGGCAGCUAGAGCCAACCACAUUCUUAGAUGCGAGGUGCAAAGUGCACAAGACAGCAUAUCCUGCAUUACACACAAGCUAAAGGAUCAAGAACUCCAGAUUUUGAAAAGGAAUGAGAAUAUGAACCGGUUACAAAAUGACCUUGAAGAAUCGACUACAGAAUUGGCAAUCAUUAGGGGAACUGUGCCAAAGAUUUCAGAGGAAAGAGAUAUUAUGUGGGACAAAGUGAAACAAUACAGUGAAGAGAAUAUGUUACUAAACUCGGAGGUGAAUCUAUUGAAGAAGAAGAUUGAAACACUUGAAGAAGACAUUCUUCUCAGGGAAGGUCAGAUUACAAUCCUCAAAGACUCCUUGAGAAACAAAUCUUUUGACCUUCUUGGUAAUAUUGAAUCCACAGACGAAUUUCUCAUACGAUGAUACCAAGAGAAUCAGGCUUUCCUAUUAAUUAGAUGAUCUCACUGCACAUAGUUCAUAUUUGUUCAUAGUCAUUUUUUUUCAAGGUGCUGUUCAUCUUGCCUCCCUCAUGAUUUUUCUUUUAUUUUUUCUGGCUCUUUUCAGUUUGAAUCUUCUUCUCCACCAUUUUUUCUUUUUUAUUUUGUUUUUGUGAUUCAGAGUGUAGUGGUUUUAAAUGACAAUCUGGGGAAUUUCUGUUAGUGAUAUAUAUAUAUAUAGAUAGAUAGAGAACCGUGGAGAA